CCUAACAUGACUCUUUUUUCUUUCCAGGACAAACGAUGUCAUCAUUCAACUUCAGCACAAAUAAUUUAACUUUCAUGAUGGAAGUGACCGAGGAUCAACCCAGAGACGAGAACUUGGCAAAAAUUGAAAUAGCGCUCCUCAGCAUCGUAUUCAUGAGCGCGACAAUCCUGAAUACAGGGCUGCUGCUCGUGCUGUGGAAGAGACGAAAACAGGUGUCUAGAAUGCGUGUAUUUGUUUUUCACCUCUGUGUGGCAGAUCUAGUGGUAGCAUUUUUCCAGGUUUGUCCUCAGCUAGUGUGGGACAUAACGGACAGGUUCAUGGGACCUGAUAUAGUGUGUCGACUGGUGAAGUAUCUGCAGGUCGUUGGCAUGUUCGCAUCUACCUACAUGAUUGUAGUGAUGACCAUCGACCGCUAUCAGGCAAUAUGCAACCCCAUGGUCACUUUCCAAAGAAGGCGAGCACGCUGGAAUAUCCCUGUGUGUGUGGCGUGGGUUAUAUCCCUCAUCGGCAGUCUCCCACAGCUAUUCAUUUUCUCUAUGGUCCAAGUCGCACCCGGAGUAUUUGACUGCUGGGCUCACUUCAUGCAACCAUGGGGACUGAAAACGUAUGUAACCUGGACGACACUGGUUAUUUUUGUUUUGCCCAUACUCACCGUGGUAGUAUGCCAGGUGCGCAUCUGCCGAGCCGUUCAAGUCAACCUUUACUUUAAGACUCAUCAGGACGGCGAAAACGGCUUGGUCCACCCGCUACCAUCCAGAGCAAGCAGCAUCGCUGGCGUGUCGAAAGCAAGAAUAAAAACAGUGAAGAUGACAGUAGUAAUUCUUCUGGCGUACAUUCUUUGCUGGGCUCCUUUCUUCACCGUACAACUGUGGUCUGUUUGGGACCAAAACGCCCCCACAGAAACCGCCACUUUCAGUAUACUGAUGCUGUUGGCAAGCCUGAACAGUUGCGCCAACCCCUGUAUCUAUCUACUCUUCAAUGUCCAGCUACCCAAGAAGCUUGUGGCGCUUCUGUGCAGGGACUCGUCGGAACCAAAGGACGCUAUGCACGAGGAAGCCACAAUGGUCAGCGGUCUCUACUUGAGCUUUAGAAACCUCCCGGACUCCAGAUAAGUAGUCAUCUUUACGGAGUCCGAAACAGAACUGCAACAGUGGAAAGAUAGACAAUCAACACAGAUUCCAUUACAAGGGGCACAAGUAGCCUAUAAAAUCUCUCAUGAGUAUCAUUCAUAAGACAGUCGCACUGUGAAUGCUAUGUGAACAAACUUGUUUUCGUAACAGUAGCGGGAAUGCUACAGAAUUGCUACAUAGUUUUGUUCUUUUGUAAGAUACAAGGAAUCAAACAAACACAAAGUCGCCCAAUGCUUGUGAUAAGACUUGUGUAAGACUUGGACACGCUAAGAACUAUCUUUUGAAGCUACUGUAUAUGUAAAACUAAGUAAUGUAACGGGAACGUAUUAAACUGACUGAACAUACAGUAGGUACAUUUCAUCUGAUAGGGAAAGUUUAUCACUGCUGAGUUGAAUUAAGGCUGGAAAUGUUACUAUGAUUAAAGAAACACAGAAGGACCCUCAUUUGCUGGGCACAUUCAGUGGGCUUAAUAUGAACACCAGCUUGUUAAUGCAAAUAUGUUAUCAACCAAUCAUGUGGCAGCAACUAAAUGCAUAAAAGCAUGCAGACGUGGUCAAGAGGCUUAGUUGUUGUUCAGAACAAAUGUCAGAAUGGGGAAGAAAUGUGAUCUAAGUGACUUUGACCGUGGAUUCAUUCUUGGGGUCUGUCAGGGUGGUUUGAGUAUCUCAGAAACUGCUGAUCUUCUGUGAUUUUCAUGGACAACAGUUUCUAGAGUUUGCAGAGAAUGGUUUGAAAAACAUCCAGGGAGCAGCAGGCAAAAACGUGUUGUUAAUGAGAUAGGUCAGAGUAGGAGGGCCAGACUGGUCAAAGCUGACAGGAAGGUUGACAGUAACGCAAAUAACCACAAAUUACGACCGUGGUAUGCAGAAGAGCAUCUCUGGACACAAUGCGUCAAACCUCUUAAGUGGAUAGGCCACAGCAGAAGACUUAAUGAUUAAAAAUAAGUCUAAUAAAUGUCUGAUUAAGUGCUCACUUGAGUGUAUGUACAUAUGUAAAAUGUGUAAAGAACAGUAUAAUGUACCAAUUGAAAGUUAUGUGUUGUUUAUAUAAAAAGAAAGUGAAUAGCCUACUACAGUUAAUACAUUGAUUGAAUAGCAUAGACAAGAAUGGUAUUUGUCUCGAAAAAAAAAAACGGUUUUUUGAAAGCAGAAAAUGAGUGCAUUUUAUUGCUAACGUCUGAAAACUCAGUCAACCAAAGUGCUAGGAAUAUGCAUUCCUGUAUAUAUAUAAAUCAUAGAGUGUAAAAUGAAAUAUGUAGAUUGCUAUCACUUCAAUGUCAGCAAUUGUGUCAAGAAGAUCAUAUAAGUGCUAUAUAUUGUGAAAGACAAAAAGUGAACCAACAUUGUGAUAAAAAUAC